AGUGGAGAGAGUUUCAAGUGAGAGAGUUUCAAUGGGGCCGAGCCCCACACAGCGAAAGUAGAUAAACAUAUCAGGAGUGUGGUACUGGCGCCUUCAAUUGGUGCUCUUCCCUUAUGGCUUGCGGUGGCUGAUCGAAAAUUGCGGCGGCGUGCAACGGAAGAUUAAAAUGCCCCCAAAACAAAUCCUCAGCAAGGAAGAGUUGGCAGAGCGAUGUUGUCUGCGUGCCAAAAGGUAUCGAUAACGUUGUACUGCCACGCAAGAUCAUUUAUUAUACGCAAAUAAAUCCAUGCUCUUCGCCAGCUCCUAUAGUAUAUGCCAGAGCGAUAGGCGGGCAGCCACCUUUUAUUCUUUUCGGAAAGGGGCAGCGCCGGCUAUUCAGGCAAAAAAAUUCAGUCUUGUGCGGCAUAUUAAUGCUUCUUUAACGCGCACACGUCAUUUUGACGCGGUGAGUUCUCGCGGUUUUGUGACGUCGCGUGGCAGACAGGCAAAGUGGGCGCAGCCUAAUAACGUUUCACCAAGAGCUAUUGGUCAAACGACGCCUUUUUUUUUUUUUUUUUGCUAAUGGCGAAAAGGGCGUCAAAUGAAAAAAUAUUAUUUUUCUUUCCUUUGGUCUAAUCACGCAUAAUUAGUGUGUACAUACCUUAUCAGAUGGGGCAUUCUCGCGGUUUUGGUGGCAUCGCUUGACAGACAAGGGCAGUGGGGCUGGGCCGAAAAUGUUUUGACUAAUCGUGGAGGGUAGAUUACAGAAAUGAAAUAGAAAAGUUUGGAACAGUCUUACGUUAUAGUGCCCCUGGUUAAUUUACUGUUUUGUUAUUUAUUAUUUGACAAAAUUCCAAAUUAAAUUGAUUGAAAUUUGUUAACUUGUUUGCUCUCAUUCAAAAAGCAUACGUUUACCCCCAUGAAACAAAAAUCUCUACCAAUACUUUGUUUCAUUGUAUAAUUUCAACUGUUUUCUCACACACACUUUUCCCGUCAAGUUUUGUCCCCCUGCCCUACCCAUUUAGGCGACGGCUUCUUGGCCAAUCUACCGUAAUGGGUACGUGCCAUAAUAUAGGAAGCAAGCAAGCAAGACAGAGGGCAAGCAAGCAAACGAACAAGAAUGGCCUGUUCGCACCUUGUUCUAGCUGCCACCGGAUUUGUUCUCCUGGCGCCUGCGGCAGUCGCCUUUCCGCACCUUCACGUCAUAAGACUGGGAGAAGAAUCGAAGCCAUAUGUUUCUACCUCGACUGACUCAGACUCACCACGAGACGUCGAGGAUACCAUGGAAGAAGAAACACGAAUUGGCUCCAGCAACGGAACUGCUUCAACUGGACCGGGAACUGCAUGCAGCGAGCACGACCACUGCGCAGCCAUCCUGAUGUGUUUGGCAUCCGGUACUUGCGGUUGCCCAGAACACGCGCCUGUGCUGGUGCGUGACUCGGGCAGCUACGCCUGCGUCUCACAAAUAAAAGCAUGGAAGCCUCUGAAGAUUACCAUGUUCCCGGCGGUGCUGCUCAUCCUGGCGUUCACUGUGCUUGCCUUUGUUGGCUAUAACAGGCGAGCUGUCUGGUAGGAAAUCUUUUAUUUAAGUUGGAUUAUGUCUGCACAAAAACGUCCUGUUUGUUAGCUUUCUGUAACUGAAAAAGAAA